GGGUCUUCUCGCUGAGCAUCAUCCUGCAGCUGGUGUUUGAUGAGACUUUGUUUGUCCCGCGGCUAUAACAAACGGCCGAGCUUCUCCCGGGAAACCGCACUGAGCUCCGGUCUAUCACACUAACACCACGGUACAGUCACCGCCUUUAUCUCGCUUCUUUUAUCAACUUCGACGCGAUAACGCAGGUAUUGCUUAGAGCAGAGCCAGUGUGUCGUAACGUUAGCGAAUGUGUGGCGAGCAAAGGUCUCGGUUAAAGCCAGCUGAUAAACGUUAGUCAGGCUCGCUGCCAGCAGGCUAAGGCUCCUCUACAUCUAAACAUCCUCCUACUGUAGCUCAGUGGAGCACUGCUGUCCGGAUCCACCAUGAACUUCUUUAUGGAAACCAUGCAAGUCCUCCUGUUGUCCAUCUGGUACAAUGUGGAAUCUUUCAUCCACCUCUUUGUGCCCAGGAAGAGGAAGAACAUAUCUGGUGAGGUGGUGCUGAUCUCGGGGGCAGGUAGCGGGAUCGGUCGCCUCAUGGCUCAGGAGUUUGCAGCUCUUGACACCGUGCUGGUGUUGUGGGAUAUUAACCAGGACGGGAUGAAGGAGACGGCUAGAUUGGCUAAACAGAGCGGAGCCAGCAGAGUCCACUACUAUGUGUGUGACUGCAGCGACAAGAACGAGGUUUACAGAGUGGCUGACCAGGUGAAGCGAGAGGUGGGUGACGUCAGCAUUCUGGUGAACAAUGCCGGGAUCGUGACGGGAAAGAAGUUCACGGAAGCGCCUGAUUCCCUGAUUGAGAAGACGAUGGAGGUCAACACCAUGGCUCACUUCUGGACCUACAAAGCCUUCCUUCCUGCCAUGAUUGCCAACAAUCACGGCCAUCUUGUCAGCAUCGCUAGUACUGCUGGACUCAUAGGAGUCAAUGGAUUGGCAGACUACUGUGCCAGUAAGUUUGCAGCAGUAGGUUUCGCAGAGUCGGUGGGUCUGGAGCUGCUGGCAACUGGGAAAGAUGGCGUCAAGACCACCAUUGUGUGCCCAUACUUCAUCAACACUGGGAUGUUUGAUGGAGCUCAAACUAAGUGGCCAAGGCUGCUGCCAAUCCUGGAGCCAGACUAUGUAGCCAGGAAGAUUAUCAAUGCUGUGCUCACAGACCAGGUCUUCCUGCUGAUGCCAAGGAGCAUGUACCUCAUCACUGCUCUCAAGAACAUCCUCCCCAUGAAGCAGGGAAUUAUGCUUGGCCAGUACCUGGGAGCCUUCAACCUCAUGGACACAUUCAAGGGACGCUCCAAAAAACAGGAGUGAGUGAAGAGCGAUGAGAAUAAGAAGUGAAGGAUGACUGACACGUGAGAAGACAUGGUGAUAUUUAACCCAUCAACACGUAAUUUAAUCUUAAUAAUACAGAUUAGGGCAGCACUUUUAACUCAUUUCAAUGGUUCGUGCUUGAAUACAAACAUUGAACGCCCGUUAAUCUCUCUAUAUCUCACACUGUAUAAUCCAUGUUUUAAGCAUUGUUAUCCUUAAUGUACUCGUUUUUAAAUGGAAAUAAGUUUAAAAUGUAAUCUUAUAUUUUGUAAUUGAAUAUAAUAAUAAUAAGCUAGCCAGUGUUUUUGCCUACUGCUACUUGUUGAGGACCAAUCCAGAUGAUGUCAUGAUGUAUCAUCAGUCCUAAGCAUCCACAAACAGCCAAGUCAAACAUUAACUUGCAUAAAAACUGGGAAGCGUGGGUCAAAAGUCAAAUGUAAUGUUUUCCAAAUCUCCCUAAGUCAAUGUCCUUUCUGUACAUUGUACAUUUUAACUGGUGAUUUAAAGGAAUUGAACUGAAUGAGCACAUGACCGUUCCCCUUCUGUGAAUGUAGCCAUAAUAAUCAUCUCGAUGGGGUUUUUAGUUUUGUUGUUGCUGCGUGUUAUCGGUCUAAAUCAUUUCACAUUAACAACCAAGUCUUUCUACUCAGGAACAGUGAACCCUGCUCAAACGGUUUAGAUAUCCCACGCCUUGUAAAGGUUGGACCACUUAAAGCUCUUUUUUUCACCUCGUGUUGAGAUUGAAAUGUUUUUGAAGUCUGUCUUUAUUCGCAAACGACAAAUGUACUGACUGUUAAGACGUUAGCUAGCCGCGUAGCUAGCGUGCUACAGCUAGUGGGGACCCCUCUGCUUUUCUCCUUGUGUCCAUACAUACAUUCAUGAAGUGAAGUAAGAAAGCCUCCAGAUAAGCACAAAUACAUGAACACACCUUUCAUCUACAGUAAGGCGAACUUCAGCUCCAUCCGCUAACUCUUUUAUUCCUCUUGUUACUUCAGGUCAUCUAGCUAAUGCUAAUUUGAAAAGCUUCAAAGUAAUUUACUCUAUGGUUUACUCGCAACACCCCCAGCUGUGCUUUAAUGUUACAGUAUGGUCUCAGUGUAGUUAGAGAAGCCAUAGGGAGCUCUUAUAUUACAGUAUAGGUCUCGCUAGUCGUGUUUCCAUCCAAUUGUCAAGCGAAUUUGAAGUAAUUUUGUGUUUCCAUCAACUGGUUUGGAGCUCAGCUAUAGUCGGUCAGAAGUUGGCGCUAUAAGCUACGCAUGGCUGUAAUCUACCAGUAAACAGAGUAGAAGAAGAAGUAUUGGUUGCGAACCGGAAACAAAACAAGUCGGCUUUACCAUCUAACCAUCUACGAGAGAAAAAUGGAGAGAUAGCUUCAGGAAUUAGUUUGAAUUGUUCUUUCAUGUCAGCUAGUAUUGGUCAAGACAAGUAUUUGCGUGUUAUGGGAAUAUCCGAGAAGAUACAGCGACAGCAGAAACAGCUGAUCAGUCAUGUGAGUUAAAUUUUCUCUACGUCAGAAUUUAUUCGGCAAAGGAGUUUCCAUAAUCCGUUUAGGAAAAAAGCUCCUCAAGCGAGUUCACAAUUGACGUUUUAUCGAAUUUUGCCGUUUCCAUACAGCUUUUCUAACGCAAUGUUUCAAAAUAUGCAUAGAAAUAUGUGAAUGGAAACACGGCUGCUGGUAUGUUCAGCAGGCAGACACGUGUGCUUGUGCUUGCAAAUUCCUAACUUGAAGUCAUUGAAGUAAUACGCUUUUAUUUUGCACUCAAAAUAUCUUCAUUUCCAUAUUAACGGUCCCAUCGUCACACUUAUUAAGCACAUUUACUACCACGCAACCUUCAGUCUGUAACGGUGAUAUUAUAAAUAUUAUAAUACAUAUAUCUGGGUACAUAUCUGUCAUAGAUCUAACUUUGUUUUAAUUGAACAAUGUGUUAUUGUUAAUAUGUAAUAUGCAGCUGAUUGCCAUUAUAUGAAUGUAUGUCAUUUGUAGUUGAUGUUUUUUAUAUUGAACACAACUUCUGUAAAAGUCAUCUUAACUACCGAUAUAUCUAUAUCGAAUGGAUUGUAAUUAAAGAGUAUGCACCUGUUGCCUUAAUUGUUGUACGCAAACAGUUCAAUGAGUCCCAAAGAAAGAAAAGAAUGUCAGGACUGUGUUUUCAGAGCUGUCUCACAGUUUGAGUGUGGAAACUACCUGAAACCGUUUCAACUCUCUGAUCAAUAAAUUCACAUUUCAAAUGUUUUA